AUGCCCCUCAUCCAGUCGGCCCCCAGCCCCAUCGCCGCGGCGGCGCGCGGGGACGGCGCGUCGGACGAGCCGGGGCCGGGGGGCGGGACCUCGAAGCCCGCGCGGCGCGCGGCGGCGUCGGCGGUUUCUGCUGCCCUGCUGUGCUCAGUGGCAUCCUCAAGGCGCGCGCCUGGCAGCGCCGGGGCCAGCGGCGGCCCCGCUGCCAGCGUCGUCCUCAGCGCGGACAACGAGGGCGACCUGCAAAAGACUCUCGAUGAGAUUCAAAAAGGCAGCGGCGGCGGCGGCGGCGGCCGGCUGAGCGCCGCGCCGGCCGACGCGCUCGACCCUCAGGCGGUGGACCACGUGCUGCAGCAGGCGCUGCGCGCCCACGGCCGCGUCGACGCCGUCGCCUGCUGCGUCGGCAACGUCGAGGCGCGCUCCCUGCUGGCGACCGAGCUGGCUGAGUUGGACAGGGUGGUGAAGGUCAACCUGCACACCCAGUUCAAUGCCAUGCUGCCAAAUGAGCAGCAUCAGGGGCAGGGCCAGCAAGCGGCCGGCGGCGGCGGCGGUGGCGGCGGCGGCGUGGGCCGCCAGGGCCCAUCUUCAGGCAGCGUUGUGAUGGUGUCCGCGGCGCUUGCAGGGCACGGAAUACCGAACUAUGACGCGUUCACGGCGGCCAAGGCGGCUGUGGAGGGCCUGAUGCGCGCUGCGGCCGCCACCUACGCGCCGCACCGCGUGCGCGUGAACUGCGUGGCACCCGGACUGGUGGAGACCGGGCAGACAGAGAAGUUCACAGGCAACGAGAGGGUAAAGCACGCGUCCGAGGCAAUGCACCCCGCGAAGCGACUGGUCGGGGCCGACGAGGUCGCGCAGGCUGUCCACUUCCUAAUGGCCGGCCCCGCGGCGAUCACGGGGCAGGUGCUCGCAGUGGAUGCGGGGCUGGCCCACCUCCACGCUGACAGGGCGCAGGACUAUGGCGUGUGA